GGCUCAGAAACAGUGACAAGUUUUUUAUCAAGGGUCCGGGACAGCUUGAGCGCACAACGAUCAUCCUCUGGACUUCGAUAAAGAGCAUAUUUCAUGUGGUACACAUCGUCUGCAAUUACACACACCGGGGCUUUAUGAGCUGCCUUCAUAGUUUUGACACCCCCCUCCUCACUUUUGCUAGGCCGUCCAGGAACAAACUCCUGCUACCUACGUUUGCUCUUUUCAGGUGAACGAGGAUGACAUCAUCAUCUAGUCGGCUUUACCGCCUCUAAUCAAAUCAACGCCCUGCCGAUGGAGCCAGCUGACUGCGGCUUAUCAGACGAAAUCUGGGGGCCUGAUCCGAGUGUUCAACUCCAGCCGCAUGCAUCUCAAUCUUUUUUUUUUUUUUUUUUUUUGCUUAGUAAUGCCCGGUGAUUUUCAGGAAACAAUGUGCGCCACUCUGGAUCCUCGUGUACACGCGCAUCGUUAAGGGGUGAGAGGGUGGGAACGUCGCUUCGUAGGGAAAAAAAAACUUACAAGUGUCCCUUAGCAAAAGUUACCGGGCCGGCAACUGUCGCCAGGCAGCGUGACAUGCUGGCACUUCGGCCAAAAGUGGGUCUAGACUUGGUGUCUCCUUCUCUUCAGCGCGGGAUAAAAAGGGCCCAAUUAAGCGGAAAGCCACUUUCGCAAUGGGGGAAGCGACCGCGCUGUGCCGUCACAACUGCCAGCGCUCCCAUCGCCCUUAGAGCGCGGGAAGUUACCGAGUGUUGUUCCAGUCUAUACCCCGGGCUCCCGUCCUUGCCUCGACAAGUGAUGCCGUCAGGAGCCCUGUGCAGUCCCGCGGCCUUGUCGGCACGGCAGCAAACGAACGUGAGGGGUUCCACAUCACGACCUCUUUUCAUGUGCAGCAAACCCGGACUUCAUCGACACUGAACCGUAAAACCAGGCAAAUACCGUUUUGAAUACCCAGCCAGCCAACCCGGAUACGUUACACACACCGAAUCCCAAAAACAAAAACCUGGAACUUCGUAGUUCUUUGGACUCCACUCAAGUAAACACUUUGAUCGGGUGGCUCUACAUGAACGCAACACCAUGAGAAUUUUCUCCACCAAGCACACGGCAAUAAUGCUGUUCCAGUGGACAAGUUGUUGCUUAAUCUACGCAAUAGUUGCCAGCCUCCUCGCAAGACAUGUUCGUGCUGUGCCUCCGACCAGAACAACAAAGCGAACCCAUGUCGCGCCCAGCGUCUCCGACCCAAAUCCUCCAAUUCAGGCGAGUUUCUACCAGGGAUCCGAGCAGCCGGCGGCUGAGUCUGAUUGGCCGAGCGGCAAAAUUCUGGACGGUGAUUCGUCGAGCACCCUGGCUGACGAGGCAGUCGAGGCGGUCACGAAGUGCUGCUACAGGCAGAAGAAAUACCACACCAUUGGCUUUGAUACCUCAGCAAGGCGACCGAUCAGAAAGGACAUUGGGCGGUGUCGGCGGACAUAUUUGGACCGUACUGUCCCCCGGGAUCCGACCCAGAACCCCGGGGAUCUUGUCAAGCGACGGAGGCGUCAAGGACCCGUGUGUGAUCAACCGUGCGAGGACGGCAACGUUUGCCUGCCAACCCGAACUCUCCUUGAGCGCAGUUUGUAUGCCAACGCGUGGUCUCCCCUGGACUAUGAGGUUAUCGAAGGCUGCCAUUGCGUUCCGAAGCUGCACCCUUGCGAGAGAAAGCCUCUUUACAAAGUUUUUCACCACAAUACACCAUACGAGACGACCAUCGAUGUCGGGGAAUGUCGAGGUAGAUGCUUCAAUGGUCGCGAUUCUGGUAUAGACUGUCGAGCUACCAAGAACAAAACGGAAACAGUUCUUGGUCCAAACGGUCACGAGUGCGUUGACGUCAUCACCGGAUGUUCCUGCACCGGGAGCUGUUACAGAGCCAGUCACAUGGUGGCAUUCUACAUCCGGAAAUUCAACGAGACAACUGAGGAAUAUUACGACACUGUACAGGAAAUGGAUGUUGGCAAAUGUCUUGGAAGUUGCACGGAAAAGAAAGGCAUAUGUAUCCGACGCACAAACUGCGCAGCAGUUUUGCUCCCCAACACGUACUGCUCUCCCAAGGAGUACGUCCCUCACAUCUUCCAGACACCUGAGGGGGAGGAUAUGACCGUCCACGUGAUCAACGAAUGCAGAUGCAUAUAGACUAAACGGAAAAGACGCCAUGACUGCUGUAGCACCUCAUCCGCGCGAGAUGUGUAACGCGCGCGUACCCCUUGCGCGCGCGAGCAUGGCACCGCCGCUUUGAUGGCUUUCAAGUCUUGUUUCUGGAUUGGUUUUUCUAAGGUUGCCAGGGAUCUGAUUCCUCAGUACCAACCCCAUAUGGCAGUUUCGGCCCUAGCAGCGUUUCUGGUAGUUUCCCAGUGUGCUUUCCGAUUUUGUAGCUCAAGGAGGGAAUAUAUAAGAGUCUGCGUGUUGACAACUUUGAAAAUGCGACCGCGCCCGACUUAUUGGUUGAAGCAUUGCCGCGGCGACGAUGGAGAAUUCUUUUAGUUCGGACUCUUUCUCGGAUAUCACAGGAUAUUUUCAAGAUCUCACAAGAUUUGUGUAUACAUUCAAAUCUGUCUCUAUGAUGCGCAGUGCAGUAAAAAGUUUUGCGCUCUUUUCACUAUUAAUCUGACACAGUAAAACUGCACACUGGUAUUAUUAAUGUAUAUUUGUUUAUAAAAUAUGUACUUAAAAUUGUAAGAUUUUUCUUGUAAUCUUAUAUACGUCAUACGAUACAAGUACAUGUAUAAACAGUUGAUUAGAAGUCAUUAUGCAAAGCACUGGGAAACUAUACUGUAUUUUGCAUAAUUGUGUGAUUUUUUUUUAUAAUUUGACUAUAGUUGUGUAUGUCCUUGGCAUAAUGCCAUCACACAGGGCAGUUGGAAGUUGAUUUUUUUUUAAAUUGUUUUCAACCAUAAAUUGGUGUGGUUCCCUGUUUGAUUGGACGAUGUUACCAACAUUUGAUUUUAAGACAUAUCGACGGCAAAAUUGAGUUUCCCUAAAGCUGAAAAAAGGUGUGGAGCUUUGGGUUUUUCAUCAUUCGAUUGCUCCAAAUAUUUGCUCUUCUAUUUUGCUUUCUUGAUUUUUGAUUUUCCGUGAUUGCCGUCAAGAAGUUAUGACCGAAUGUGAACUCGUCCAUGAGACUAGUUUGAGGACGACUGAGUGAUAAUCGUGUCAUUUCAUUUUUACCGUGAAUGUUUUGGGACCAAUUUUCUAGGGUACUCAUGUACAUGUACAUGUAUGUAUACAUGUAUUAGUGUGAUUAAAUCUAUUUAACUGUCCAUUUCAUAGGCUCGAGAUAAGAUAUUAUUAUGUUCAUUUCUAUUCUUGAUUGUCACAGGCGUCAAUAAAUUGCACACUAACUCUAAAGGAA